AUGUCCACCGUUCCUCCUCCUACCGCUGACCAGGACUACAAGUCCACCCUGCUCCCUCUGCUCAUCUCCAACAAUGUGCUUUCCUUCGGCUCCUACACCCUCAAGUCCGGCCGUGAUUCGCCUUAUUUCUUCACCUCGUCUCUCCUUCACACCGCUCCACUGUUGCGCGCUACUUCAGCCGCUUACGCCAGCGUUCUGUCUGCCGAGCCCUUUGUGAGCACCAGCGCCGACGGCACCGCGAAGCCCAACUUUGACAUCAUCUUCGGCCCCGCAUACAAGGGAAUCCCCAUCUGCGGCUCCGUCACCAACGAGCUGGCUGUGCGCGACUCUCUGUCCGGCAAGAACACCUGGGACAAUGUCAGCUACUCCUUCAACCGCAAGGAAGCCAAGGCUCACGGCGAGGGCGGUAACAUUGUCGGUGCCCCUCUGAAGGGCAAGCGCGUGGUCAUCGUCGACGAUGUCAUCACUGCCGGUACCGCUAUCCGUGAGGCUGUCAGCAUCAUCGAGAAGGAGGGCGGCAUCGUCUCUGGUAUCGUUGUCCUGUUGGAUCGGGAGGAGCGUGUCAGCGACACCGAGGUCAAGAGCGCCAUUGGCGUCGCUCAACGUGACCUCGGCGGCAAGAUCCCCAUUCGCUCUGUCAUUGGUCUCCACGAUCUCAUCGAGAAGCUGGGUGAUAAAAUUGGCGCUGAGAACAUUCAGCGUUUGAAGGACUACCGUGAGCGUUACGGUGCUCAGUAG